UAGAAUGAGUUCUGCUCUGGCCCUGUAUCAUUCACCUUGUAUCUUUCAAUUUCAGAGAAUGAGCAUAAGCAAAGGCUGAUGAAUCCUUCAAAGGUCAGGACUACAUACAUACUGAAUGUGAAGCUGUUGUACACUUUCUGAAUUUCCCUCAUCACUUUCUGAUAGCUCAGAACAUUAUGUGGAUAAUGAUGUACAAGAUGAGCAUUCCAACAAGAGCACUUAAGUUUAUGAGGGAGCUCCCAGAGCUGAUUUCUAUUGUAUCAAAGUCAAUCCUGUCUUGGGGAUAGUCCAGCCAUUCAAUUAUCUUUCUGAACACUAUGAAAAAAUUCCAGUCAAUGUUAAUAUCAAUUAGAGAUGCUGAUAGAGUUCUCAGAUAAGUCACAAUUUUAAGAGGAAUAAAAAUUUCUCACAGUAAGAAUAGAAUCAAUAACUGCAAUUGGUUCAUUGAAGAGAGUAUAGAGUUAGUCGAUGUGCUACUAAG